AUGGCACUAACAACGGCUACAUUCCUCAUCUUCACGGCUGUGGCGUACUUCACCACAAUAACCAUCACCUUAACGUGCGCCCAACAAACUAGGAGCACAGUAACCAUCGCCGAGAUCGAGGCCUUAACGGCGUUUAAGAUGAACCUCCGGGAUCCAAUGGGCUCCCUUGACGGCUGGGACCCUUCAACGCCGUCAGCGCCGUGCGACUGGCGUGGCGUCCUCUGUUACAAUCACCGAGUCUUCGACCUACGCUUACCACGUCUCGAACUCGGUGGCCAACUCACUAACUCGCUCUCCAAACUCACUCAGCUCAGGAGGCUCAGCCUCCACUCCAACAACCUCAACGGUCCUAUCCCUCACUCCCUCUCCGACUGUCUCCUCCUCCGCGCAGUCUACCUCCACAACAACUCCCUCUCCGGCCACCUCCCUCCGCCGCUCCUCAACCUCACCAACCUCCAGGUACUUAACCUCGCCCACAACCUUCUCUCCGGAACACUCAUCGGCGACAUAACGGACUCCCUCCGGUACCUCGACUUGUCAUCCAACACAUUCUCCGGCGACAUUCCGGCGAACUUCUCCUCCAAAUCUCAGCUCCAGCUAAUCAACUUGUCCUACAAUGGCUUCUCCGGCGGGAUUCCGGUCACCAUCGGAGCUCUAAAGAAGCUCGAGUAUCUCUGGCUUGAUUCCAACAACUUGCAUGGGACCUUACCUUCAGCUCUCGCAAACUGCACCAACCUCGUCCACGUCAGCGCCGAGAAGAAUGCCAUCGGAGGGUUAAUCCCUUCAACAAUGGGGACGAUGCCGAAGCUUCAGGUUCUGUCCCUUUCAACGAAUAACCUUUCAGGUUCGGUCCCCACUUCGUUGUUGUGCGGUUCUUCGUCCCUUCGAAUCGUUAAGCUUGGCUUUAAUUUUCUCACGGGAGUUUCCGAGCCGCAAAGUACAAAGAACUGCGUCAUCAACAGCGUCUUGGAAGUUUUUGACAUUCAACAGAAUCACGUUGUUCACGCUGAGUUUCCUUCUUGGUUAACUAGUGCCACGUCACUGAAAGUUCUAGAUCUCUCUGGAAACUCGUUUUCGGGCACUCUACCUUCGGAUAUCGGAAACCUCUUCAUGCUGGAGGAACUAAGAGUGGCGAAUAAUUCUUUACACGGAGAAGUUCCGAGCGGCAUUGUGAAUUGUAGGUUUUUAAGGGUUCUUGAUCUUCAGGGGAACCGAUUCUCUGGCUCUAUUCCUUCAUUUCUUGCCGAACUUGAUAACUUGAAGAUGCUAUCACUCGCUGGAAACGUGUUCACCGGUUUUAUUCCCGCCAGUUAUGGGACACUCUCUGCGCUUGAGACUUUGAAUUUAAGCAAUAAUAAUCUGACUGGCACUGUGCCCCCUGAGAUAAUGCAUUUAGGGAAUGUGAGUGCUCUGAAUCUCAGCAACAACAGAUUCUCCAGUCAAGUUUUACCUGAUAUCAUUGGGGAGUUGAAAGCUUUGGAGAUUCUUAAUUUAAGUCAAUGUGGAUUCUACGGAAAGGUUCCUGCUACGCUAGGAAGCUUGAUGAAGCUAACUGUGUUGGAUUUGAGCAAGCAGAACCUUUCAGGUGAAUUGCCAAUUGAACUAUUUGGUCUGCCAAGUUUGCAAGUUGUUGCGUUUCAAGAGAAUCAAUUGAGUGGUUCUGUUCCCGAGGGUUUCAGCAGCAUUGUUAGUCUUCAGUAUCUUAAUCUCACUCAUAAUGCAUUCUUUGGGGAAAUUCCACCAACCUAUGGAUUCCUGGAUUCCUUGAGUGUUCUCUCUCUGUCUCACAACAGCAUUUCAGGUUCAAUACCUCCUGAGAUUGGUGAUUGUUCUCAACUUCAAGUGUUGGAGCUGCAUUCAAAUCGUUUGGAUGGUAACAUUCCGGAUGAUAUCUCGCUCCUUUCACAUUUGAAGGAGCUUAAUUUGGGACACAAUAGAUUGAAGGGUGAUAUACCAAAUGAAAUAUCACAAUGUUCUGCUCUGAUUUCACUCUUGUUGGAUGAUAAUCAAUUCACAGGUCAUAUACCAGAAUCCCUGGCCAAAUUAUCAAACUUGUCCUCAUUGGAUCUCUCCUCGAAUCAAUUGAAUGGAGAAAUUCCAGUUAGCCUCUCUCAAAUUAAUGGUUUGAAGAAUCUAAAUCUGUCCAACAAUGAACUUGAGGGUGAGAUUCCACAAAUGCUUGGUUCAAGAUUCAAUGACCCUUCCGUGUUUGCAUUGAACCAAAACUUAUGCGGCAAGCCUCUGCAUAGAGAAUGCGCAAACGUAAGAAGGAGAAAGAGGAGAAGACUAAUAAUCUUCAUAGGCGUGGCUGUGGCUGGACUAAUCAUUUUGGCACUGUGUUGUUGCGGCUACGUUUACAGCCUCUGGAGAUGGAGAAACAAGCUCCGGCAAGGGGUAACCGGAGAGAAGAAAAGAAGCCCCACAAGCACAAGCACGGGAGAAAGAGGCAGAGGAAGCGGUGAAAAUGGAGGACCAAAGCUAGUAAUGUUCAACAACAAAAUCACAUAUGCGGAGACAUUGGAAGCAACAAGAAACUUUGAUGAGGAGAAUGUGCUGAGCAGAGGGAGACACGGUCUUGUCUUCAAAGCUUCCUAUCAAGACGGCAUGGUCCUCUCCAUUCGCCGCCUCACUGACGGAUCCAUCAACGAGGCCACGUUUCGCAAAGAAGCAGAGUCACUAGGAAAAGUAAAGCACCGAAAUUUAACUGUUCUUCGUGGAUACUACGCAGGAGCACCAGAUGUGAGGCUCCUUGUGUAUGAUUACAUGCCAAACGGGAACUUAGGAACAUUGCUUCAAGAAGCUUCGCAACAAGACGGACAUGUGCUGAAUUGGCCAAUGCGGCACCUCAUUGCACUGGGCAUUGCUCGAGGGCUAAGUUUCUUGCACUCGGUGCCAAUUGUUCAUGGUGAUGUGAAGCCUCAAAAUGUUCUCUUUGAUGCAGAUUUCGAGGCCCAUUUGUCCGAAUUCGGGUUAGAGAGAUUAACCAUAGCAGGAGCAGCAGCAGCAGAAGCUUCAUCGUCUUCAACCCCAGUUGGUAGCUUAGGUUAUGUGUCACCGGAAGCAGCAUUAACGGGGCAAGCAACGAAAGAAGCAGAUGUAUACAGCUUUGGGAUCGUGUUGUUGGAGAUUCUGACUGGGAAGAAACCAGUGAUGUUUACGCAAGAUGAGGACAUAGUGAAGUGGGUGAAGAAGCAGUUACAAAGGGGUCAGAUUUCGGAGUUGUUGGAACCUGGUUUGCUUGAGAUUGAUCCUGAAUCUUCCGAGUGGGAAGAGUUCUUGUUGGGUAUAAAGGUGGCUCUGUUGUGCACAUCACCUGACCCUCUUGAUCGCCCUUCCAUGCCUGACAUUGUUUUCAUGCUAGAAGGUUGUCGCGUCGGACCCGAUAUACCUUCCUCCGCCGAUCCUACAACACUGCCUUCCCCUGCAUGAUUCUUUUUUAAUUAUCC